GCGACGGAUACUGUACGGUCGAACGUUGGACUGCCACGAUCCUGGGCAGCGAGAGAUCGACGCCAACUUAUGCUCAGCUGGCACAUGUCAAUGCCCUGUUUCGGCUCGGACGAAUCAGCGCCAACAUUUCCAAAAUCUUCGUCACCUUUUCGUCCCUUCACAUGGGGUGUUCCGUUACUUGGCUCUUUUUUUGACUCGUCUUGAACCCGGCCAUCCACCCCCUUGCAUCCAACCAAGAGUACCAUGGGAGUCGCGAACCCCUAAAAGUUCCCCCCUCAUCGUUUUUUACCCAACCGACACUUUCCAUCGCCCGCCCACUAUCCGAACACCGGACGGACGAGAGCAAGAGCUAAGCUUGACGACAACGACGACGACCGAACGGCGUCGAAACCGACCAACGGGCUGGUGACAACGUAGAACACAGCUUGGCCGGCCAUGCGAGCAUCUCCGCCGCCAUGACGGAGAAAGAUGCCGCCCAGCAGCGUGCCAUUCUCACGAGGAAGCUGAGCCCACACUCCAUGCCUGGCGAUAGGGGCAGCAGCAGGGGUAGCUACGAGACGGGCGAGUCGAGUGCCACAGGCAGCCUCCUCAACGACACGACACUUUUGCCAUCGCCCGACGAGUCCAGCAACGGUGCGCGCCGCCCACUUGGAUCGAGCCCGAGAGAUGCUGAACAUACAAAUGGAUACCAUGGGGGAAGGGCCGACGCGAGGAAGCAGCAGCAGCAGAGAGCUCCUAGGCAUCGCUCUAACGGAGCCUUCUUGCUACAGGAUGCCUUUCGUAACGAUGACGAUUCCGGAGAAGAGGCACCCCGACUACGGCACGUAACGCGCAACAUACCGCCCAGCCGGAGAACGAAAGAUUCGGGAAGGGCAUCGGACAGGUCUGGAUCCAGCGCUGGUCGCGAUGCCGGCUAUGGACUCGCUGGGCUCGAGAGCCCGCCAAGGCGAAAUGGCGAUUCGUCACCGCCGCAAUCUACGAAUAAACUGACGGUCAGGAAACGGGAUGCGCCCAGCGGCAGUAGACCGUUGUCGGGGACGAGUUUCGCGCCGCCUGCGAAUGCCCCACUUGAUAUCGACUCGGCGCAGAUCGUGAACAUGGCUCUUAACUUGAGCGAAUCUCGACGGCAGGUGUCGCGAAGGAUCGCGCCGCCUCAGGCUGUGCCGACGCUGGCACAGCUUCCAGACGGAACGACGGGCGCGAACCUCAAAAACCACUUGCAACAGCAGAGGAGAAUGUCGAGGACGAGGUCCCCGGGGCCUGAAAAGGCACUUACUCCGCGAUUACCCUCGACGGGAAUGCUUAGCAGCCCGCUGCAGGCGACGUUCGACAUGAGCCGGGAAGGCACCUUUCGGAAUCACUUUACCGCGUCGACCCUGGCACGAGUACAAAAGGCAAAGGAGCACCUGGAGCUGAUGGCCCAGUACAGGCGCCUGCUGGAGCUGGUCCCACCCAUACAGUCGCACAAUCAGAGCCGCCCGACAACCGCUAGUCCGCCCACGUCCUCUGGAGGAGUUGCGAGGAUUCCCACCUACGGUAGUGCCGAUGGCAGCGUGCGGCUGGGGCGUCCCUACAACCCGUUACAAUACAUCCGCAACAGGAAGGUGCGAGCUCGGGAGCGCAAGGCGAUCGAUGGCGAGGCCCAGGGUUUUGGAGACUUUAUCAAAGUCGCCGACUGGGUUGAUGAGGUGGCCAAAUGGGCUGCGACGGGCCAGACCAGUACGGAUGGCUGUACGCUGCCGCCUUUCACGGAUGCAGACGUGUCAGACCAGCAAAACGCUCUUCAGGCCACCACCAGCGCUAACAAGCCGAGAAGACCAAGGCUGGACUGGACCAUCGACGCAGCGGACCUACUCGCCGAUGUGUACUGGCUGGAGCAAGAUCACCACAAACAGCUAAUUGAAGAUCGUCACUGGCGCCGAAUCUUCCCACAGAACGUCGAAUUGCAUAGACCUUUGUCUAGGCAGAAUGAAGAGUAUGGCAGCGAAUCUGGACAGACACCAGGGCGUAAGGAAUACGAAGGAAUAGGGGCCAUGAUCGAUCCGAAAUCCAGCAACCCGGGGCUUGCCAAGUCGGACACGGAACAUUCUACAGCGAGCGCUCGAGAACGUGCCCGCCAGAAGCUGCACGAUCUUACCGGACAUCAUCAUCACCAUCACCACCACCGGCACAGCAACUCAGUGCAUAGUCACUACGACUGGAAGAACGGCAAAAACUCAGUUUCCGAUCUGUCUGAGAGCGAGAACGAAGGGAAGCUCAGGAAGGAGAGGAGGAAUCGAGCAGGCACGCUCACCAGCAGUCACCAAGACAUCUUGGAGAAGCAGAUGCUUGAAAUGAUUGCCAAGGAGGCGCGUGAAAACGGCCCCAAGAAGCCGGACGGAUCGGGUUACGUCACACCGGAGCGAAAUGCUGGGGUCACGUCACAUCCACAGUCACGACAACACAGUCGGAAGGCGUCUAUCGUGGAGGCGAGCGAGUCUGAUGAGAGGAAGAGUAAGGAAAAGCCUCGCUUCACUCCGUUGCACCUUCAACGCGGCAUGGGAAGGUCAAGUCUGGAGAUCCCAGUCCCUGCGAGGAGAAGCUCGUUCGAAGUCGACUCGUCUCUCCCCAACUCUCCAGACGGCGCCAUUCGUGGAGAUCCCUUCAUCCCCGCGCUCGGCGGAGAUCUUUCACCUGGGUCAAGCCGGGCGAACUCCCCUACUCGAAACCCGUUUUCCAAGGUCAAACAGAUAUUCCGCGAGCGAAGCAAGGAAAGAGGCUCGCGCAUUUCGGAAGAGAGAUCCAGUGCGGAGGAUCUGGCCAACGCGCCCAAGACGCCAUUUGAAGUAUCGCCUGAAUCAUCGGGUGAUCGAAAGUCUAUGGAUAGAAGGGGCUCUUCUAGAAGCCCGUCUCGCAAGGUUGUCCAACGCCCAACGGGCGAAAGCCACAAGUCUCAUCGCAGCACUGCCAGCACCAAGCUGCGCAGUGACGAUCCGGGGAUGCGAGGGUUAUUCAAAGGGGCUCGUAUCGACAAUGUUAUACGUGGUGGCGUGUCGAAGCUUGGUGAUUUGAUCUGGCGUAAGGAGUCAGAGACUGGCGAUGGCCCGUCCGAAGCCGAGGGCACCACAACGGAUGAAUCAGACACCGAGCAGAGAGGCAGGAAAAGAGGAGAAACGCCGCUCUCAAGGACGGCUUCGAUUAGAAGUCAGGGUAUGCGCCAGCAGAACGGCAAGAAUUACCUUGACAUCAUGCCUGCCUUUGAGUCUUCCCACGAGAAGCUGAGGCACAUUGAGAGCGAGCCGGCGAAACUUCCCGACACGUCACCGCCGUCAGCAAGUCGUAAGUCGCCUCGGUUUGACAGGCUGAAGCCGCCGCGCAUCGAUAUCCUGAGCGCAAGUCCAACCUCGUCACCCGGGUCGACAAAGCGUUUAUCAGAUGUCUCGGAGGGCGAGCCACUCUCGGGCAGUCACAGUGCUGGUUUGAAGGAGGCGGACAAGCGGCUGAACAACAUCAUCGCCGUUCCGCCCUCAUUCCCUCCCGAUGGCCGUCCGGGAUCUUCCCCAAACCGCAGUCGACACUGGUCCAUCUCUGACCACAGUCCCGCACCUGACCGAGCGCCCAUGUCGAAGCGUGAAGUCGCCCGAUUACGUGCUCUAGUCUUGAGCUCUGGUAUCAAGGCCAUGGAAAUUACUCGCCGCGCCAACGAGCCUCAUCUCGCGUUUGCAGCCCGACAAACACCGUCUCAGAAUGACCUUCAGGUCGCAAACGUUUUCUGGCCCACGAUCGCGGAGCUCAGCCCCGACCCUGCCAGUAUACGCAACAAGGCCGUACCGCAGACGGAGCUGUACCAGUUUGCCGCCAAGACCCUCGGCAAAUCCAUCCAGUGCGCCGGCCAAGACUGGCAAAAGACGGCGGACCAUUUUGUCGCCGACACCGUCCCGGCCCUGCACCGCCGCGUGGAGGACGUCCGCAGGCGGGUGGCGACGGACCUCUCCGCCAUGACACGCGCGGCGGCCGACGAGGCGGACGAGACGAGCCGCGAUCUCACGCUGGGCCAGCGGCUCAAGAUUAAGCAUACGCUCGAUGUGAUCGAGGCCAUGCUGCGGCGGCGCAGACGUAGGUUCCGCUGGGUCCGUCGCGCCAUGUGGCUUGCUGUCGAGUGGGUGCUUGUCGGGUUUAUGUGGUAUGUCUGGUUUGUCGUCAUGAUCCUCAGGGUGUUUUGGGGUGUCGGGCAAGGGGCUGUGGGGGCUGUCAGGUGGUUGUUGUGGUUGUGAGCCAGGGCGCUUUUGUCUGGUUCUACUCAUGGAUCCUUCUUUUCGAUCCAACUCCCCGGCCCUUAUUUGCGGCAAAGAGUUGAAAGUUGCGGGUUAUUUUCUUUCUUCUGUGUGGUUUCUUUUGGUAACCCGCUCAUCAUCAUAAGCACUGUCAUUACUAUGCAUAGCCGACGGAGCGAAGUUUUCUUGGAGUCACAUUGGGCUGUUGUUUUUUGCGCAGAGAUGGCGUGUCUUCGAAUCUAGUAACGGGGAGGGAGAGAGGAAAAGGUAGAGAAGAGAGAGGAGCAGAGGAGAGAAGUAAUGAUACCCGGAAGAGGGGAGGGAAUGGUGAAGAGAGGGGGAAAGAGAGAGAGAGAGAGCAUGGGGAAGACGGGGAUUUUUUCAGUUCGACUUCUGUCCAAUUGAGUGCGAUAUUUUUAGCGACUCUUUUUCUUUCCUUUGUCCUCCCCUUUACAUCGCGGGAUGGACGACGUUCGAGGGCUGGGCUUCUUCUCCCUCCGCCUGCAGGGAAGGAGGGUAGGGUAUGUGAUAUUAUCAUUUCCGUGAGGGAAAGUCUUUAUAUACAUAAUGAUACAUACAUACUACGAAGAUCUUGCGAUGAUGCAGAUGGAAGCCAGAGAUUGGUUUUUUGGUAAUACAGAUAACGUAGA